ACUUAAAAUUUGUCUACCACAUAUAUUUUCAAUGAAAAGAAAAACACUCAUUUUAACUUCCCGUGUAUGCGCCUUUAUAGCUUUUCCUACAAGCCAUAUAUUGUUUUCGCUACAAACGAUUCUUUUUACAGAUUGAUAAGUUCAACACUAGAUUUUUAAAUAUUCUCAAUUAGUAUAUUAAAAAUAAAAAAAAAUAAAAAUCCAAAACUAAACUACCACUUUUAUCUCUCUAGUUGACUUUAUCCUAGUUUAUUUUUAUAACUUAAUAUUGAAAUCUUUUUUUAGUGUGUUGAAUAUAUAUAGUAUGAGUGCCGAUAAAAAAGUAUAUUCACUUUUUAAUCUUAAAAAUACUAAGUUUUUGCAAGUCACAGAAACGACUUUUGAUUAAUUUUUGGAGUCAUGAGGUGUGUUACUUCGUUUGUAGUUUUGUGCAUUCUCAUGUUUUUUGUUUUGAACAUUUUUAAAGUAGAAGUGAAGGCACAACGAUUGGUUCCACUUUGUAAAAUAAGUGGUUAUGAAAAUCUCGGAAAAUGUCCUGCUGACGGAAACAUGUUUUGUAACCGCGAAAUGGCUGCGUAUGUAAAAUAUAAGCGUUGCGAUUGUCAAGACACCAUAUGGCGAAAGCAAAAACACCAUCGCUGCACAUGUUAUAUGAAGCUUCCUUGCAAUCAAUAGGUUCAAACCAAAUUAUAUUUGCCAAAAAUAAGAGAUAAGGGACCAGAGUUUUUUAUAGUUAUAUGUCGAACAAUAUGUAUGUCAGUCUAUUUUGAUUUGUUUCUCUUUUCAAAUAUAGUUAUUUUUGUGUUCUAAUAUUAUUCAAAAUCUAGUUUGUUUAUGCGUCGAUCUUUUUCUUGUUCAGUUUGUUUAGUUAUUUUGAGAUAUAAUAUUACGGGAU